AGUACACACUGUCGCGUGCGAUGACGUUGAUGGUGCGUCGGUCAGAGUCAGACUCUGACUCGAGCGGCUCGCCGUGCGCCGAGUGCAACUCCAGCGUCUCGUACAGGAUGCCUGUCACGCCCGGGAAAGAGGAAGUAUUCCGCGCGGUAACGGACUCUAGCGCGGAGUCCGCGGCGGACGCGCGCUCGAUGUCGGCGGCGCGCCACGAGCGGCACGAGCGUCACGACAAGGCGCGCCGGCGACCGCGGCGACAUCACACGCCCACAUCGUCGAGAUAUCAACAGCGACAGGAGCAAGAAAGAAGAGAUUUUACAAUACACGUAUAAAUACGACGACAAUAAAGACUGCUACAAGCGAAAUACUAUUAAAUUGUUACCUAGCUAAUUUACCGUUUUAGCUUUAAGAGAUUUUAACACGAAAAUAAAUGUAAAUAUUUUAGGAUGUUUUGUACUGUGUUGGAUUUGACAAUUAAUGCGGCCUAUUUGGUGUCAUGAACAUAAUUUGUCGAAAUUUUGAAACGAAUCGUUUUUCUGAACUCUUUAUUAAUUUGUAGCAAAUCCAUAGCCAGUAUUAUUCAUACACUCUAACAAUAGUUAUUCAAUCCUUAACGAACCCUGAAUCAUAUCUGACGUAUUUGUAAAAAGUAGAAAAUAGUUUUAAAAUAAGAAGUCAAUAAGAAUAAGUACAAGAAGAUUAUAUUGUUAGUAAUUUAUUAAAGAAUGAGAAAAUGCGAUUUUCCUAAUGUCGAACGGGCUCGAUAGAUGGCGUUGAUUUAAGUUUGUGUGAUAUGCGUUCGUAAAGUUUGGAUUGAUUUUAAUGCUCAAACAUGGAGUUAAGAUUAAUUUUACACUUAUAUAAGUACUUUUAAUACGAAUUUUAUAUGCCUUUUAACAAUCGAUGUUUACUUACAUCGUCAUUAGUCAAAUUAUUUAUAUGCCUAGAAAAAAUAUUUAGUUGUUAAAUCUAA